UUAUCGAAACUUGGCGCUGUUAAGUUUGAACGACGCGGUCGCUCUUCUCUACUUGCUUUUCGCGGAAAUACUUACAGCCACAAACAAGAGAUUUUCCCAUAACAACAACAUAACAAGGAGAAAACGCCAAGCCAUUAAAAAGUAAAAACAAACUACACCAUUAUUGAAUUAACAUACAAUCAAAGGCCAGGACGAAUUCCCCGAAGAGACAUUUAGCCAAGUUGAUGAAUGUGCAAGGACUCCGGCGGGCCGUUUGAAUUGGCUUUGAGAAGCUCGCCUCGCUUGGUCUGGAAAGGCGAGGAAAAAUCGGCAGGGCAAACGCUCCGGCUUCACAUCCACUUGAUGACCCUUGUCGGCAGAGGGAGGAAAAGUCUCCUAGUUGGCCUCCUCGAGUCCGCUUCAUUCAAUGUCACUUGCCUCGAGGACGAGUGUUAAGUCGGGCGGCAGCGAAGUGGAUUUAAGGCAACGGAAUGCCAGUAUCCGGAAUCUCUUUGCCCCCACCCCGGCGGAGUUGGCCAAAAAAAAGGAAGCCCGUCGUGAGAGGAGCCGCAGCCAGAGCAGCUUUUCGCUCCAGAGAAUCGGCCUGCCUGAUGGAAUUGGAAGCCGGAGCCAGAUGGGCCUGCCCAGUUCCAAUAGCUUCGAUGAUUACAACGAUUACGCCUUGGGCAUAAAUCAAUUGCCAAUGACUACGAAUCAAUCGGCAGCGAGACAAUACAAUGGCCAGGACAAUAACGAGCUUGGCCUGAGUAACUAUGCUCCUGCGUCGGUAAUUCCCAGGACUUCGCACAAUGGCUGGCAUCAGAGUGCAUCGUUUGAAUUGCCAAUGAGCCGGACUCCGGCCGAGCACAAGAACUGGAAGUCAACGAGCCAACUGGAAAAUUUUAUUAACAGCAACGAACAGCUGCAGCAGAAGCAGCAGGAGGAGUACGACCAGGAUCCGGAGCAGGACACUUGUGUUGACUUUGGUAAUGAAAUGACCUGGGGCAAAUCUGCUGAGAAAUCGCUGCCAUUGAAUCACCAUCUGCAAGGAGUUGGAUUUUCCGGAGACGACCAGUGGGAUUUGGACUUGCAGCCGCUGGAGCAACGCGAAAGUUUGCACAGCCAAAGAUAUCGACCGGCGGCCUUUCAGUCGACGCCGCUGGCAGAGCGCCUGCAGCGAUUCCGAUACCGCCAGCAAUUGCAACUGCAGCCGCAGCAACAGCAACAGCCGAGCUUUGGUAUCGAACCCUUCGCCGAUCAUUUAUCAGCUGAACAAAUAGGCGUAGCCAAUUGGCAAAGAGGGAAUUUCGAGAGGCCAGUUGGCGGGACUGGGACUGAGACUGGGCCAGUUGAAGCUGAGCCAUCAGCGGAGCAGGAGGAGCUGCCGCCGGAUCGAGUGCUAUAUCCAGACUCGGAACCGGAGGAAGAGGAGACUGGUCCACGACGCCGCGUUGUGAUCAGGCGGCGCAUAGUGCGCACCACCCGCACCACUCCGCAGCAAACUGCGGCGGUGGCCAAGGCCAUCGAAGGCCCAAGUCCUGGACGAAACGGCAACGGGGAAAGGAAUCUUGGCUGGCUGACCAGGCUGCGCAGCUUCGGGUCGAGCAAUAGGAAAAAUCAGGCUGGUGUCGCAUCGGCAACAUCGCAACACGGCAAUCAACUAGCAAGUACUGGUGGCAACGGCAACUCCAGUUGCAACACAAACCCAAUCAUGGCCGUCCUGCGUACUAUGAAACUAAAGGAGCGGCUGGUCAUCAGUCUGGGCGCCACCCUCGUCCUGCUGACCCUCCUGCUCAUCGUCGAUGUGCAAAUGGACUUUGGGGUGGCCAAUCGCCAUCUGCUGCAGCAGCAGCACCACAAGAUCCGCCUCGGCAACGACUACGAUCCACGGGCGGCGGGGGGCGGCGGCGGCGGUGGAAUGCUGCACGAGUUCAAGCGCAAAUUCCUGCAGAAGAGCAACUCCUCGGGCUCCAAGGAGGCCUCCACGCAGGCAGCGGCGAGUCAAAGCGGUGGGGCGGCCAGUGGCCAGGACGCGGCUGCCGGAGCCUCGGGAGGAGCAGCAGGUCCUGGGACGUCGGGCAACAUAUCCACGCGGAAACCCAUCCCACACGAUCGCUAUGCGGAUCUGCAGAGGCACCUGCUCAGCGACGAGUACUCGCAUGUGAUUGUGGACAAUGCGCCGGAUGUGGCCAGGGACAAUCCCACGCUGGCUGAGAUGCUGCAUCGCAAGGCCAGUGCAAAUGCCAGCAAUUUGGAGCGCUUCCAAUUGCGCAUCACGAAGAAGGAGCUGUACGGUGAACAGGACACUCUGGUGGAUGCGGUGCUACGUGACAUGAUCAAGCUGCCAAUACAGCAUGUUGUGCAAAAGGAGGGCGGCACCCAGCUGAAAUUGAUCAUCGAGUACCCGAAUGAUAUCAAGGCCUUAAUGAAGCCGAUGCGGUUUCCGCGGGACCAGCAAACGCUGCCCAACCAUUUCUACUUCACGGACUACGAGCGUCACAACGCCGAGAUUGCCGCCUUCCAUUUGGACAGAAUCCUGGGAUUCCGGCGUGCCAUGCCCGUGGCCGGCCGUACGCUGAACAUUACGACCGAAAUUUAUCAACUGGCCGAGGAGAAUUUAUUGAAGACGUUCUUUGUUUCGCCAUCGCUGAAUUUAUGCUUCCAUGGCAAGUGCUCGUACUAUUGUGACACCUCGCAUGCCAUUUGUGGCAACCCGGACUUGCUGGAGGGCUCCUUCGCCGCCUUUCUGCCCAACUUUGAGUCGGGCAAUCGCAAGCUGUGGCGGCAUCCCUGGCGACGCUCCUACCACAAAAGGAAGAAGGCCCAAUGGGAGACAGAUGCCAAUUACUGUGCCCUGGUCCGGGAUAUUCCGCCCUACGAUGACGGCAGGCGGCUGUACGACCUCAUGGACAUGGCCGUCUUUGAUUUUCUCACUGGCAACAUGGAUCGUCAUCAUUACGAGACGUUCAAGGUCUACGGCAAUGAGACGUUCCCCCUGCAUUUGGACCACGGCCGUGGCUUUGGGCGGCCCUUUCACGACGAGCUCUCCAUCCUGGCGCCCGUGCUGCAGUGCUGCCUGGUGCGCAAGUCGACGCUCGUCAAGCUGCUGGAGUUCCACAAUGGCCCCAAGCCGCUGUCGCAGCUGAUGAGUGAGUCGCUGAGCCUGGAUCCCGUCAGUCCGGUGCUCUGGCAGCCGCACCUGGAGGCCCUGGACCGGCGGACCGGCAUAAUCCUGCAGAGCAUACGGGACUGCAUCAAACGGAAUCCGCCGGGCGAUGUGGACGGAUCCGAGACGGACCUCUCCUCAUAGCGAUGAGGAGGCGGCCAGAGGGAACCCACAAAUCAUCCUAGAGCAUUAGCUUAAACCCCUAGCUGUUAGUCGCGUGUCCUGUGUGUUGAAACUGAAAACAAAAUAAUUAGCAUUAAUGUUGGUGGCAAUCGGUCUUUGAAAAAGACCAACGUCCUAUGUGAAGGAACCCCUAUCGCUCUGUCUGCACAUACCAAAAAGAAAUGAGAGAAGAAGGCCAAGAGCCAGGGGCGGAAUUGAAUUCACUCUAAUGUUUAUACUUUCACCUAGAUUGUUUGUCGGGCAGCUGGAAAAGCAUCGAUUGGCAAUGAAAAUUGAGUACCUCCCACCCAAUCGCACACCCAAAUCACACCGAGCAGUAUCGUACGCUUACAGUGGGUGCCAAAAGUAAACAAAGACACAAUGUGCAAACAACCUGAAGGAGAUAGUGAAAACAGGGCAAAAACUCAACAUUUUGCCAGCGUGCGCCAGAAGGAAACUUGUUCAAAAGACUAUAAAACAUAAACAAGAGGAACUAUAACUGAAAGGAAAACUAAAAAAUUAAAAACUAUUUUUUAAAUAUUUAUUUAUAGUUUUUUCAUACAUAUUUACGACUUUUAUGUGCAUACACUUUUCCCGUAUGCAAAUUGACCCCUCCCCUCCCGCCCUCAUUCUCAAGUAAAGUUGUUGCAAGUUUAGUUUGUAAGUUGACCUAACUUUAUGAUCGAUAUCAGGCGUAGCUUUAUCCGAUUCAAGGAUCGUCUUAUUAGUUAGUCCAAUCAGUUCCAGCGAGAAUCAUGUACUUCACCAUGUGGGAAACAAAACAAAAGAGAAAGAAACUACUGUUAACAAACAAAUUAUUACUAUUAUUGAGUAUAUAGCUAAGUUAUGUUUGUUUUUAUUAUUGUAACGUUUUUCAAUUGUACCUUAUGUGGUUGAGAUAGAGAGCAUUAAUUGGCCAAGAUGUAAAGAUGCAGAGACAACAACUAAAUUGUGUUAGAAUUAGUAAAAUUUUAGUGAAAAUUUCAGAUGUAAUUAAUAAAAAAAAGUACCAAAGAAA